AAAUGAAUGAAAAUGGAUUGCGGUUGCGGGCUCUUUCAUUCAGCUGCAGCUGAGCGCUGAGUUGUUGUGUUCUAAACUUUGGUUAAAUCUGUAACGACCUUAGUACGAAUUUUCUGCUUAACAUCGUUGUACUUCAGGCUUACUUACGGGCUUCUGAACAAUAUUGAUCCAUAAUGUGAAGAUAUCAAGUUAGCACCUAGAUUGUUCAAAACUUGUUGAUAUGAAAUAUUUUCACGCUGAACUCUUGUCGAAAUUUUGCUAAAUGCUCAACACAUGUUGUUGACAGGUCAUUAUUGUCACUCUGACAGUUCCUUUUCUGUUUACAAACUUACCAAUUUUAAAAGUUUUUGUCUUGACUGCAGUUUACUCACAGGAUGGAUCGGAAAACAGUAGACUUUGAAGCCAGUCGUUCUAAGGAUGCAAGCUCAGAUUCUUUGGGUUCUGAUUCCAAAUCUAGUUCCCUAAAUUCUAAACUGGGGCAGGAAUCGGCUAGCUCUGGCAAAGUAUCAUAUACCUCUGCUAGUACCACUUCAAUUGGAAACAUGAUGACUGCAGCAGACAAGUUACGUUCUAAACAACCUAGUAUAGUUGAACCAGGCCAGCCCGCAAGCAGACCUGAUGACCCUCCAUUGCUCCCUGGUGAAAAAGUUAUGGGUGUGGCAAGAGAAGUCACAUAUCUUUGUCCAUACAGCGGACCCGCUCGAGGUGUACUGUCGGUCACAAAUUACAAGCUACAUUUCCGAAGCAUGGAUAGAGACACCCCUUAUGUGGUGGAAGUACCUCUUGGUGUUGUCAGCCGUGUUGAAAAGGUGGGAGGACAAUCAAGUCGAGGUGAAAACUCCUACGGCAUUGAACUAUUUUGUAAGGAUAUGAGAAAUUUAAGAUUUGGCCACAAACAGGAAAACCACUCAAGAAGAAAUGUGUUUGAGAAAUUACAGCAGUAUGCUUUUCCACUAUCACACAAGUUGCCCCUUUUCGCUUUCGACUAUUCUGAAACAUUCCCUGAAAAUGGAUGGAAUGCUUUGGAACCCAUUGCAGAAUUUAAACGAAUGGGAGUUCCUAAUGACAUGUGGAAAAUAACCAAAAUCAAUGAGCAUUAUGAGAUAUGUGACAGUUACCCAGCUGUGUGGGCGAUACCAGCUGCUGCUACAGAUGAUGAUGUUAGAGCUGUGGCUGGGUUUAGAUCACGUGCUCGUAUUCCUGUACUCUCUUGGAUUCAUCCUGAAAGUCAGGCUACCAUUUGUCGCUGCUCCCAACCACUUGUUGGUGUGGGAGGUAAACGCUGUCGAGAAGAUGAACGCUACAUUCAGCUAAUAAUGGAUGCUAAUGCACAGUCUCACAAGCUGUACAUAAUGGAUGCCCGGCCAAGUGCGAAUGCCAUUGCUAACAAAGCAAAAGGUGGAGGAUAUGAGUCUGAAGAUGCAUAUCAAAAUGCUGAACUAGUGUUUCUAGAUAUCCACAACAUUCAUGUAAUGAGAGAAUCUCUAAGAAAGUUAAAAGAAUUGUGUUUUCCUAAUAUUGAAGAAUCACGCUGGCUCUCUGGCAUAGAGGCAACAUAUUGGUUAAAACAUAUCAAAUACAUACUUGCUGGUGCCUGUCGUAUCGCCAAUAGAGUUGAAACUCAUAAAACCUCAGUACUUGUGCAUUGCUCUGAUGGAUGGGAUCGUACUGCUCAGCUGACUGCACUAGCAAUGUUACUAUUGGAUCCAUAUUAUCGGACAAUUAAGGGAUUUGAAGUCCUUAUUGAAAAAGAAUGGCUGAGCUUUGGACACAAAUUUCAACAGCGAAUUGGUCAUGGAGACGACCAUCACUCUGAUGCAGAUAGAUCACCAGUGUUCCUUCAGUUUAUGGACUGUGUGUGGCAGCUGACUCAAAUGUUCCCAAAUGCUUUCCAAUUCAAUGAAACCUUUUUGAUCACUAUUCUUGAUCAUUUGUAUUCUUGCCGAUUUGGCACUUUCCUAUAUAAUAGUGACAGAGAGCGAGUCCAAGAGAAUGUGAAGCAGAGAACUGUAUCUCUAUGGUCUUACAUUAACAGCAGUAUUGACAACUACCGUAACCCACUUUACCUACCACGACCUGGUGUGUUGGAACCUGUUGGCAGUAUACGCUUGAUUUCUCUCUGGAAGGGUCUUUACUGCCGGUGGAAUCCAGGAAUGCGACCUCAGGAUCCCAUUUACCAGAGAAUUCGUGAGCUUCUGGUGCUCAAGGAACAACUGGAAAAGCAGGUGGAUGAGUGCAAACAAGAACAAAAAGCUCGUGUCUCCCGCAACAUGCCUACACCCCCGCGCCUAGCCUCUCCAGUCCACAGCUAGACUAGUGCAAGGAUAUGACUUUAAGUUUUCAAAGAUUAUAAGGAAACUACUGAGUUGCUAAGAAGUCUUUACUCCCAUUCUUAUACUGCCAGUACUGACCUGCAGUUUUGAUUUUGGGGUAUUGUCUUUUAUUUCAAGACAAAUUCAGCACCAAAGAGAUGCCCUGCAGUGCUUGCUGGGUGUUAUUGUUGAAGCUUUUAUAAUAUUAUAUAUUUUUUGCAUAUUUAUCAAAUCAAAAUGAUUCUGGAAAAAUACUAGGUAUUCUUUAUUUUCAUGCUCUGUUGAUCAAUAAGUUGAGAAAAGUUGUGUAUAUAAGUAUAUUUUAAGAGUGUUUCUUUCUUGUAUAUGUAUAUUCUUCAUAGGAUAUGCCAGUAUUUGACUCCAUCUAUUUUAUAAAUCUUAUGCUUGUAAUUUCACAUAGUUAUAACUUGUUAAUUAUGAGUCAAAAAAUAAAAACGCUUCUGACCUGAUAAA